AUGCCGACACAGCUGGAGAAUGCGAUGGACACCUUAAUCAAGAUCUUUCACCACUAUUCAGCAAAGGAAGGGGAUAAAUAUAAACUCAAUAAAGGAGAACUCAAACAACUCCUCACCAGUGAACUCACUGACUUCCUUUCGUGUCAAAAGGAUCCCCAGUUGGUUGAUAAGAUUAUGAAGGAUCUUGACAGCAAUAAAGACAAUGAAGUGGAUUUUAAUGAAUUUGUGGUUCUGGUUGCUGCGUUAACUGUUGCAUGUAAUGAUUUUUUUGAGGAGCAACUGAGGAAAAAAGGAGACUAG